CCAACGAACUUGUGUCCGAAUCUGAAAGUUCCCCACUCAGUAGCGGCGUCUACAGCGCCGCUACUGCCAUCACCACCACCAUCACCAUCACCAUCACCGCCGCCACCACCACCACAUUAUCUCCCAUCUCAGUUAACACACAAUGGAUGAUCAUAACAAUAAUUACAACUAUACUGAUAUCAAUAUCGGCUUUGGUGUUCCGUUUCAUGACCCAUACGAAGUUCCUUUCAGUCCAAGCUAUUUCAAUGUCACCAAUCCCACACUGGACGAUUUAUCCAACAUCAACGAUAACAAUAUCAACAACAACAAUGGUGGCAUUUCCAGUUACUGUCCUCUGCCCCAACAACAAAAUUUCAACAAUGGAAUCAGUACUAGUUAUUCUGCUCUGCCUCCUCUGCCCCAACAACAAGAUUUCACCAAUGGAGGAUUCAGUGCUAGUUACUCUCCUCUGCCUCAACAACAAGAUUAUAUAAACAAUGGAGGAGUCAGUGCUAGUUACUCUGCCCUGCCUUCUCUGCCUCAACAACAAGAUUUCACCAACAGUGGAUUUCAACUUCAACAGGGACAGGGUAGCACUAGUACUAGUUAUCCCUUUUCCUAUCCAAUGAAUCCAUUGAUGCAAGAUCAAUUUUCGCAGAGCAAUUUUUCCAUUGGAGGACAAGAACAACAACAACAACAAGGAGGGGUUGUUGCAGGGAACUUCCAACAAGAAGUUUCAUCAACACUGCAUAUUGGGGAACAGAGUCAGCAGUCUCCAAAUGGGAAUGAUCAGGGAGUGACACAGAGUCUCAAACUAGGUGUUUAUCGAGACUACUGGCCUCCCACAAAAGCACCAUUCUUUUGCAAUUGCUGUGAAGUUCUCAGAGUAAUCCUUCACACCAAUGGUCUUUUCUUUGAAAAGCUUGAGAUUCAUGGAAGGCUAGGGAUGAUUAUUCACGCAGUUCACCAUCAGAAUAUUAAUUGGGAUGCUACUUCCACCUCUGAAUAUCAAAAGAUUGAGUUUGUCGGGAGAACCAUCCAAGAAAUCAAGCAAUUUCUGGUGGAUUACUGCGAGGAGCGUAAUACAGAAGGCUCCUUGAUGUUGCAAGAUCCCCUAUCUGCCUAUUAUGAGACCAUCUGCAGUGGAAUGGAUUGGGUUGAAGAACUAAAAGAUGAUCUAAUUGAUUCAGAUGAAUCUGAAGAUGAUAACAUGGAGCAAGAGGGCGGCAAUGCAUCCACUUCGACUUCGAAACGAGACCUCGCAGUACAGAGGGAGAGAGCAGCAAGGAUGACAUUGAAUGAUCUGAGCGAUUACUUUCAUCUUCCAAUUGAACAGGCAUCAAAACAUGUGAACUUAUGCCCCACUGUGCUGAAGAAAAUUUGCAGGAGAGAUGGAUUAGAACGAUGGCCUUACAGAAAGGUGAAAAGUCUUAUGAAGCAGAUCACAGUGCUGGGAGUGCAAGCGAAAGCAAAUAAUCCGGCGACAAGGGAAAGGACUAGAGCGGAAAUUAGGAAACUCCAAAAAGAAAUCCUUGAUGCUUGUAAUGGACUUGUCCCAAGCGUAUUGCAGAACAUCAUGGAGCAGCAGUAGUGUGUUAAUUGUCAUGGAGAAGGGAGAGACUAACCUAGUUCAUUGUAAUUAUUCACUUUUAUUUUGUGUAUAACUGUGUAUAGCUUGUGGUGGUGGCUUGGUGUAUAUAGUAGUUUUUUUUCUUCUAUUUUUUCAUUUUUUUGAAGGGUUGUAUAUAGUAGUUUUUAGUUCUCAGAUUCUUUAUUGUUUACAUGUAAGUAAGACUUCAAAAGUGUACAUAAUGUGAAUAUGGCAAAUUCUUUUGUAACAUUGAAAUUUUUCAUAGUGACUGGUAAUUUACUUUCGUUCUUGUAUUUUCUUUAGUUGGCCCU